GAGGAUUUUCAAAUAAAAUACAAAAUUUUACGUGAAAUUAUAAGAACAAACCAAUUUUCGGGAAUUUUGUCCGUCAUUCAACAGCUGCCAGUGGAGUGCACGCAGUGUGACCGUUCACUGGUCCGAUCAAAGUCGUUCUACUGCAAAUAAAUUGCGCGUUUGCUUGCAGAGCUUAUGAUAUAAUGUCGCGUACGUUGAGCCAAUUAUUUGGACGAUGCCUUUUGGGCCAGUCCUACGUGAAGCCCAUGCAGGCGAAUAGUAUGUUGAGAAAUCUGCUUAGUCCGCAGCCAAUGCAAUCGGCGUGCGGUGGACGCAUUGCAUCCUAUUCGAAACGAAACGGCCCACCACCGGAUGCAGGCGAACCCUUCAAAACCGUGUCCAAAUCACGCGGCGUUGACGAUGACGAUCUCAACAGUCUGGAGGAGGAACCCAAUUGGGAACUAACUUCCCAACGCCACAAUCGCUUCUAUUUACCGAAUGCCACAGGUCCCGCCUGGCAGGGCGAUACAUCUACAGUUGGCCUAUUGGAGCCGCUGGCAAAUCUAGUCAAUUUCUUCAAGGAUGUGAACGUAGACAAGUCACGCUUAGAGUUCUCAUGCUGCCAGUGUCCGGUGUUGAUACGUGAUUCAAUUUUCGAGCUCUUCCCAGUGCGUGCCAUCGGCCAAAAAGACUAUGCCAUAACACUUCUAACACUGAGCUACGAAGGCGACAUUGAAAAAGGUGCAGCAAAGUUUGUGCUCGCUGCCAGGGAAAUCAGUGACCGUUUACUCUCGUUGGGCUAUUGGGCAGACUUCCUAAACCCAUUCAGUGGCAGGCCAUACUUUUUACCUAGAGACGCCUCAGUAUUGUACAAACAAGACUAUCGCUUUCGUGGCCUCAAUAUGCGACUAUCCAAUCACAAUGACUGCGUCCUCAUAGCUGCCGAGGAGAACGACAGCGUUUACUUCUCGGGCACCAUAUUCUGCACGGCGCCCAACAACUACAGUCUGCUCGUGGAGCUGCUUGCGCCAGCAGAGUUUAAAAUUCGAUUCGAAGAUGUGCCCCAAUGACGCAGUGGAAAGCGACAUAUAAAAAUAUCAGUUUUGUAGUACAAUUUCAGUUUAGCCGACAAACUAUGGCCCGCCCCCAAACAGCUCAGCUGAGGCUGGCCAGCGACAGAUAGCAACGCAGGAUGACACAAGUCCGUAGCCGUUCUCAGUGGUGACGAUGUCUUUAAAUGUCAAGUUUUUGUUCCUUGUCACAAAUAUUUGUGUACAAACUAUUUACACCCUCAUAAGUUUGUAAUACACGAAAUSAAAUACAUAUAUGUACAUGC